UGGGCGGCCUACCGAAGUCCCUCCCUAGGACCUCCCCACCCCACCCCCUCGGACCGCUCCCUCGCGGCGACCCAUGUGGGGGUUCGGGCUCCUGCGGUCGCCGCCGCUGCUGCUCCUGCUGCCGCACCUCAGAAUCGGAAUGGCCGCGUCCUGCCCUCAGGCCGGAGUCAUGAACCUGGGCGGCAGCGGCGGGGCGCACAGCUCCUCGGCCGAAGGGCGCCGGCAGCAGUGCCUGAAGCUGCCCGCCGUGCCGGGAGCCGACCCGCAGCGCAGCAACGAUUUGCUCCUGCUGGCGGCGACGGGGGAGGGACCCGAGCGGCGGAACCUCCCUGGGGGCCGGCUGAAGGAGGAGCCGCCACCCCAACAUCACGUUCUCUAUUUCCCCGGGGACGUGCAGAAUUACCAUGAAAUUAUGACUCGUCACCCUGAAAAUUAUCAGUGGGAAAAGUGGAGUCUAGAAAAUGUUGCCACUGUUUUAGCCUGCCACUUCCCCAACAGUUAUAUUUGGGUGAUAAAGUGUUCUCGGAUGCACUUGCAUAAAUUCAGCUGCUAUGACAAUUUUGUAAAAAGCAAUAUGUUUGGUGCUCCAGAACACAGUACUGACUUUGGAGCCUUCAAGCACCUUUAUAUGUUAUUAGUUAAUGCUUUUAACUUAAGUCAGGACAGUUUACUAUCAAAGAAGAAUGUGAAAGAUUUGAAUAAGGACUCUAAAGCAUCGAACUGUAGAUCCAGUUCUUCUCAUGCAGCUAAUGGUUGCCAGGGAGAAAAAGAGAGGACCUGCGAAAAAUUUGAUGAGUCUGUCAUGACUUUUUAUCCACCAUCGCUAAAAGGUGCAUCUUUUACUUUGAUUGGAUUCAGUAAAGGUUGUGUUGUUUUGAAUCAGUUGCUCUUUGAAUUGAAAGAAGCCAAGAAAGAUAAAGACAUAGAUGCUUUUAUCAAAAGCAUAAGAACAAUGUACUGGCUUGAUGGCGGUCAUUCUGGAGGAAGCAAUACGUGGGUUACUUAUCCAGAAGUCUUGAAAGAAUUUGCACAAACAGGGAUUAUUGUUCACACCCACGUAACACCUUACCAAGUUCGUGAUCCAAUGAGAUCUUGGAUUGGAAAGGAACACAAGAAAUUUGUUCAGAUACUUGGAGAUUUUGGCAUGCAGGUGACUAGCCAAAUUCAUUUUGUAACAGAAGCUCCUUCCAUAGAGAAUCACUUCAGGGUCCAUGAAGUACUUUGAAGACUGUACAAAUAUUAAUGUACUCGUUCAGUGGAAGAGCAUAAACAUGAGUAUUAUAAAUUCAGAUAAGAUAUAUUCAUAGAUAUGUUGUCAGUUUGGGGAGGGGAGGAAGCACACAUUCCUAAAAUUUGAUUGUAAUGUGUAGUAGUUUUCCUUGCUUGUGAAUGUGAACAUUUUUAAUUUGUACUGAAUUAAAAUUAGUUCAUUUGAAAUCUAAAAGGUGAUCUGUAAUCCUGUGAGAAAUAAGACCCUUAAAAAAAUUACAGUAGUCCUUAGAAUAAUUGAUUUUUGAGUAAUAUGUUAGACUAAUUUUGAUAACACUCUUAAUAAUUAGCUAUUUUGGCAUUCAAAACUUUUGAGUGGUAACUAUUUUUCUUCAAACAAAACUAAGUCACGCUAAUGUUUUCUAUAGUUUUGGGAUAACUGAACCCUGCCUCUUCUGCUUUGUAAAUUCAUGUAGUCAUUCUUUAAUGUGCCAAAGUGUUUUUUUCUCUAGUCAAAAUAUAUUUGGUUCAAAAUGUUCAAGAACAUGCCAUAGUAUAAUUUGGUUUUUAAAAACAUUACAUUUAAGCACUGUGACUUAAUUUUUAAUGGACAGCUUUUGGAUAAGACAUUUUGGAGCUUCUUGAAUCUUGGCCAAGAGCCAAUUCUUUUGGAAAUAUAAAGUUUUGAGUGUAAUUACGUAUUAUAGGGUAAAAAUAUACUACAGAUUGAAAAUCUUUUCAUCAUUUGAAAGAGCUCAACUUAGGUAAAAUACGUAAUGCUCUAUUUGUUUUAGUUUUCUCUUAAAAAGGAGACAGAUUUUGUAGCUCUAAGUCAGUAUCUUACCAGAAGCAUAAUUUUGUCUGCCAAAACAACUCUUUAACCAAAAUGCAAAAUUAUAUUACUGUAAGAAAAAUUAUGAGGGAAAACUCGAAGACACGAAUGAUUUAUUUAAUUUUGGCCCAGAAACUGAAUUUACUUAACGUGCUGCAUAAUUUGGGUAAGGUUUCGUUCAGCCCAUUUUCCUUGACCAAGAGAAAUACACUUUGAGAAACCAAGAUCUAAUGGCAGCUGACAUUGACACAACUCUGAUAAAAGGUGAGUAAUCACUUUUUUAUUAGACUUUGCAGUUUAUGAAAUAAUUAAGCAGGGAUAUAACAUCAUGCCUUAAGACUGAAAAAAAGACAUUUUUAUUUUAAUAAAAUUUUAAUAUUUAAUAUUUUAAUAACUCACAGGCUUUAAAUUUAUAAACUAUAGAAAAAGUUAAUUCUUUCUUCCCAAAAUUAUAUUUUAAUGACUCUAAAAAUACAUUCCAAAUAUUCAUACUUAAGAGAAAGUUUCAAACUUAAAAGUAACAUUCUUCCUUCUAUAAACUGCAGAAUAGUAUCUCUUAAUUUUUUAAGGACAAAGUAGUUUUAUAUUGCUUCAGUUUCUUUAAAUAACUAUUUUGAGACCAAAAAUUCUCAUCAAGGAAAACAAGUCAAUCUGAUUCUAGCAUUGAUUUCCUUGUCUUAAAGCACCACCAUUUUUUUUUCAGUUUAAUAAUUCUUGGUUAAACUUAAGUGUAUCUAGUUGAGUUACUGAAUGUUCUGAGAGAAAGACAUUUAUUUUUAUAGGAUUAACUAAAAUGGGAAAAAGUAGGAUUUUUAACUGAAUUAAAAAAAUCUGGGUUCUUUAGCUAUCUGGUCAUGUGACUGCUUAGGAAUAAUUGUUAUAUGCUCAAUGGAUGUUAACAUAGCUCAUUAGACAUCUGGAAAUGCCAUUGCAUCAAAAUGAGACAUUCAAGUUGAUCCAUAUUCAAAUAUUUUAAUAGUUCAAAUUUGUCCUUUCCCCCAUGUGUUUAAAACAAGUGUAAAUGUUAUUGUAUCCUUUUGAAUUGUGCCUUUGUGUUUGUGUAACUGAAAAAAGUAGUCAUACAAAUAAUGUGAACAUUGUUACCACCACAGCAUGAAUGUACAGUUGUAUUAAAAUUAAUCCAUAGAAAUGUGUUUGGAUGUGCUUUAUGUUAUUUGAUUUGUUAACUUCAGAUUAUUAUUUGAAAGGAAGCUGUUUCUACUUUUCCAGUUAGGGUUUAUAUGUUCUCAUUAAUGUUCAUGUUUCUUUAAAUGAGCAACUUUGAACCUUUUCUAUAAAUAAUACAUCCCUUCUUUUAUUUAGUGCUCCACCAAAAUUUGCAUUAUUUCCAUUUCUUCUGUUGAAUUUCCUAAACAAAAUCUUUCAAAAAUAAGUUCUUCCCUUUUUUUGUGCUUAUCAUUCUGUAGCUGUCUUAGAGACUCGGUUAGAAUAUGUGUGAUGUUUUUCAUUUUAUUCAUGUGUUAAUAUCUAAGCAUUCACCAAGGGCAAGGCAGGUCUAAGUGCUAAGGAUACAGUACAGAUAAAAGACCCAACAUGUGAGUAUGGAAAUGUGCAACAGACUAUGGCUUAAGAGGCAAGGCAUGACACAAAAGUAAGUGUUCCUAAAAAAGCUAUCGUUUAUUAUUUCUUCUAAAAUGAUCUUUAAGAUACAUAUUUGAGGGAUAAGAUAAUCAUUUGUAAAUAUAGGUUGCUCUUUACAAAUGCCAAGAGGCCAGCAGCCCUAGGUAGUGAUGGACAGUCAUUUCAGAUGGUCAUUUUAGUAUCCCAGUUAAUGAACUUUAAAAAAUAAAAUACAACCUAGGCGUGUUUAAGACACCCAAACCUUCAUGGCCUAUAUACUGGAAGCAAGACUUUCAGGUAACACCAGAGAUGUGUGCCAAUCUAAUGUUAGUUCCUCCUGACUACAUGUAAUUUUUAGCACUAGGGGAAGGAGUCAGUGGUUCCAACUCCCUCAAGAUUCCAGCUUCCUGCAUUUUUUUGGUCAGCAUCUUAGAUUUAACUUCCAUAUCUGUUGGCAAAUUUUGAUAGGAAGAAAAAAGCAUCCCUACUAAGGUUCUUCCCAGGUGCACAUAGCUGCUAUUCAAAAGGAUGUUGCCGUUUUUAUUACCCAUUUGGUAUUUUAUGGAAAUGUUUGCAGUUAAUUAUUGGAUAAACAGAAUUUCCAUGUAAGUAUAUACCAAGACAAAUAUUAAUGCUUACAAAAGCUAAUUCUACAUGUUUUUAAAAUUUAUUUUGAAAGGAUAUUAGAGAGGUGAAAUAUUAUUUUCAAAUUAUACACAAAGGCAAAUUCCAGUCCGCCCAUCUAUCUGUCCAACCAUAAUCAUCACUGGUUUCUUGUGAAUCCUUUCAGAGAUAAUUCAGCACAAAGGAAAAAAUGCUUACUUAGGGAACACCUUUGUUUUGCACAAAUAACAGCACACUAAAUAAACCCAGCUUCAAACCUUUUUCUCAUCUAAUGCCUUAUAAAGAUUUUUUGCCAGUAAAUAUAGCCCUGCCUCAUUCUUUACACAAUAUCCAUUAUAUAUUGCACUUUGCUGUCUACCUGUUCAUUGGUCUUAUCUUGUAUUCCUUGCCUGUGUAGUAGGCAGUACAAUAAGAAAUGCUGUUGGCAAAGGAAAAACAUUUGUGUCAGUUCAAGCCCCCAAGUUAACCAGAGAAUAACUAUCAUCUAUUCAGAAAUAUUUGAGAUGUGUAGCACAUGAGAAAGAAUGGAGAAUUAUUAAUUUGGUCAGAACUGUAAUUCCAGUUUCUGUCACUUAACCCUGUGAGCCCAGAUCAUUAUUUAAGCAAUUUGAUGACCUGAUUGCUAAGAUCCCUUUCAGCAAUAAAAUUCUACGAUUUGGAAUUCCUGAGAUCUAGCUACUACAUACUGUAUAACAUAAUAAUUAAAAACAUCUCAUUUGGUCUCAAUCCUGUAAGUAGAAGAGAUUAAAAUAAAUUGUAUUUAAAACAAACAGGCCCAUAAAAGU